CUAUCGCAUUCGUGCUCUGAAUUCACCUCAUCUAGGAACAUGGAUGGAGCAGCAGCUUUGGUUCUGAUGUUGUCAGCAAUGGCAGUGCUGUUGGUUGGUGUGGAGAGCCAGCAGAGGGUGUGUUACUCCGGUCCCCCACCGGAACCUGAUCCUGAUAAUCCGGAUGACUGGAUGAAGCAAGUCAUGCAAGAGAUACGGAAGCGUUGCCCGGGAAGGAGGCAACCCACCCUAGCUGAGUGUUCCAGUCCGCAACCCCUUGGUAUGGAGGACGGGACAAUCCAAGGUGAUCGCAUCACGGCGUCGGGUAGUUACACCUGUUGCCGUGCUUAUUAUGGACGCCUCAACCAUGACAAGGGAUGGACAACCUCAAGUGGCGAAGCCAAUCCCUGGAUCGAGGUGGACCUCGUCCAGAGUACAGUGGUGACUGGGGUCACCACACAAGGCGACGGCAGCGAUUCGUUUGUGACUGCGUACAAGGUGGCGUACAAGAAGCAGCCCUCAUCCGACCGUGAACACGUGAUGGAUGGAAACGGAAACAUCAAGGUGUUCAUCGGUAACACCGAUAUCGACACCCCGGUCACUAACCUGUUUGAUGAGAGUGUGGUCGCCACGGUAGUACGCAUUGAGCCUACUGGAUCGUUUUUUUAUCCCGCUCUGCGAUUGGAGCUGCUUGGAUGUCGUCGUGGUUAA